GUGUUUCCAUGUUCCCACAAUGGCGGAUACUGAACAGCAGUCAGGCUCCUCCCAUGAGGAUGACAAGCCUCCCAGUCCUGUCAGCUUCAACUUUAUGGUACCAAAGAAGGAGAUUAGCAUGGUGCCUGAUAUGGGCAAAUGGAAAAGAUCCCAGGCAUAUGCAGACUAUAUGGGAUUCAUUCUGACCCUAAAUGAAGGUGUGAAGGGAAAGAAACUUACAUGUGAUUACCAGGUGUCCGAGACAGUGGAGAAGUUGCUUGCUGUGUUGGGAAUACUAGAUCGCUGGAUCGAUGAGACUCCACCAGUGGACCAGCCUUCUCGCUUUGGCAAUAAAGCCUUCCGUACCUGGUGUGCCAAGCUAGACCAGGAGGCUGAUGCUCUGGUGACUUCUGUUCUCCCAUCAAACCGUCAUGAUGCUGCUCCGGAGAUAGCUGUAUACCUGAAAGAGUCUGUCGGCAACUCCACCAGAAUCGAUUAUGGCACAGGUCACGAGGCUGCGUUUGCUGCAUUCCUCUGCUGUCUUUGUAAGGUGGGAGCUCUGCGCAUAGAGGACCAGCUGGCCAUCGUAUUUAAAGUUUUUGACAAGUAUCUGCUAGUGAUGCGCAAACUGCAGAAAACGUACAGGAUGGAGCCAGCGGGGAGCCAGGGCGUGUGGGGUCUUGAUGACUUUCAGUUCCUUCCCUUUAUAUGGGGCAGUUCACAGCUUAUAGACCACCCAACCCUGGAGCCCAGGCACUUUGCGGAGGAGAAGUUUGUUAAUGAGUACCACCAAGACUACAUGUUUCUGGAGUGCAUUAAAUUCAUCAAUGAGAUGAAAACAGGCCCCUUUGCCGAACACUCUAACCAGCUUUGGAACAUCAGUGCUGUUCCUUCCUGGUCCAAAGUCAAUCAAGGUCUCAUACGAAUGUACAAAGCGGAAUGUCUAGAAAAAUUCCCAGUCAUCCAGCAUUUCAAGUUUGGCAGCCUACUCUCUAUUCAGCCAGUCAAACCAUAAGUGACAACAAAAAGAAUCCACAUCUUGUCAGAGCACAACCAAACCUCCAACGUUGGACGAAACUGCUUCAUACCACCCAACCCCCGUUAACAAACCUUAAUAUGCAUCCUCUACACCAGAGGUGGUCAGUUUUGCUCCUGUAGAUCUACUUACCUGUAGAGUUCUGUUCCAAUCCUGCCUCUAAUACAUAUUCAUGUAGACCUUGAUUAUCUGGUUCAUGAGUGUUUAAGUUGCUCUACAGGAAAUUCUAAAUUCUUAACUCUACAGGAAGGUAAAUAUCCAGAAGCAGGAUUAACCUUUCCUACUCAACACAAUCUGCUAGAUGUGUAUUUGACAGAAAUUCCACAUCUGAUGGUCACAUCACUAACUUCCACUUAUUUGAUGCAAUUUGUGUCUAUGGUUUUAUUUAUCUACUCCCUGCAAGCAAGUUGAACUACUCCUUGGAUCCAUGCAGUGAGCACCUUUGAUACGGUUAUGCACAUAUAUUUUCAGUUGGAUUGGUAUUUAUAUUUAUUUGUGUAUAUAGACACAGAGCUUGUCACAAUGAGGCUUGGUUUUGGUUUAAUGUUCAGAAUUUCGCUGUCCUUUUCUGCAUAUUGCGGCGCUGUUUUGUGGUCUGUUCUGCAUAACGCGGCGGCCCAUUUUAGCUUAUUGCAGCCGAUUCGGCACGUUUCGUGGCAGACCAGUCAGCCUGCUCAGUUAUCCUGAUGGCUAGUCUGCCCCUGAUCGGCCCCAAUAUGCGUCGGCCCACCGGGAAAAUUCCCGGUAUGCCAGAUUACCAGUCCUGCCCUGCCAGUGGUUAAAUCUAUGUCUUGGGAAGCGAUAUGAUAGGUGUGGGUGAGAAGAUGAUCAAUAUUUAAGUAAUUUCUUGCUAGAAAUUCUUUUCCCUGCCAGUAGGGGGUGAUAUGCAUGAAGAAUGUGAAUCACCAAAAACAAGAGAAGAAGAAUAUGAAAGUGAUCUGUUUCUCAUCAACACCUAUCAUAUCGCUUCCCAAGACAUUGAUUUAACCCAGUGUUUCCCAACCUUUUUUCUGCCACGGCACACUUUUUACGACUAAAAUGUUCUACGGCACACCACUAUCCCACAUAGGCUAAUCAUAGUCAAUAUUUUUCCUUUUCAAGAACUUGUCCAUGUUUUCUGUAUGUCUUAGUAGUGUGUUUACUUGUAAUGUUUGAAAUUCGGCUAUGUAAAAAAAAAAAAAGAAAGUCGCAUACAGUGCUUGCAUUAGACUUUCUCAUCGUCCAUCAUUUUGACGUACAGGGUUGUAAAAAUUCUGUCUCAAUCUAUUAUUACCCAUCAUUUUAAUGGUCAUAUUUUAAUGACAAUUAGAUGUUUAAUAGCUUUUAUUUUCAUUCAUAUUUUCAUUUUUAAUCAUGACAGGAUGAGCAUAUAGCAGAUUAUGCAUUUAUUAAUUUAUUUAGAGAACAGAUGAACAACAGAGACAUGAAGCAGAUGAAUGUUUCUUUUUUCUUCUUUUUUUUCUCACCACAGUGACAGCGGAGGCCACUAAAACACGACAUAUAUACAACGCAAUAUUACAAAAACAAAUACGAUUAAAAUAUUAACAAAACAUGCAAAAAAUGUACUGAACAGAACAUAAUCGACAACUCAAACUAUCCUCCUGGUCCACAUCGACUUAAACUCACCUGUGCGUAAUCAAACGCAUCAAGGGAGACUGAUGCGGAGGUAAUUGUCAUUAGAUUUUUUGUCUUUGCCUCAGACAGACGACUUCUCAUGGCAGUUUAAAUUUGGUUCCGGAGGCUGAACUCGGCGUCAAGCGCCGCAUUGCCCUCCACAUGACAAGAGUUGCAGAAAACGUCACAGAGUGGCGAUUUUACAAGUUUGCUACGUAAAAAAGCAGGAGCUGUGCACAAUAAACAUUGAAAACCUGUAUUUGGAAGAGAGGAAAAAACUUGCAGUUGCUUUGAUAGCAGAAAGUAAUAAAAUGACUUGUUUAUGUUUAAGCGUUUUCUUGGUGAAUUUAAUUUAGUUCAGUAACUGGGGUCUCUGAUAUUUGUAAACAAUAAGGUAAUAUUUAAUUAAAAGAAAUUAUGAGACAUUCAAUGUCUCCACAAAUUUGGUCAGUUUUUAAUAUUUACUGUUGCUUGGUACUCUCAAAGACAUAAUUGGUGAAGCAAAAACGUGUGUGUGGAAAAACCCUUUUGUGUAAAGUCACUUCAUAGACUUCAAUGCAGCACAGUGGUUGUGAAACCCUGAUUUAACCACUAGAGAUUUAUUGAUUACUUUUAUGCUGACAGAAUUGUGGCACCCAUACACUUGCAUUUUAUGGACCAAAAGAGCUGACAUAUUCUUCUAAAAAUCUUAAUUUGAGUAAAGCAGAUGAAACAAAGUCAUACACAUCUGUGAUGGCAUAAGAGUAAAUGAUGAGAGAAUUUUUUGGGUGAAAUAUUCCUUUAAAGAAAAUAAUUUGGGUCCAGCUAUUUCACUAAUAUUAUACAAUUUUGAUUUCUAAACUUCAUUCUUUGUAAAUAAAUGGUUUCAGUUUGCAUCAGAACAUUUCCUCCAUCUUGACACACACUACUGUAGUGUCACUACAAAGAACAGGGACAGAAUUGUAUAAUUAUCGAAAUUUAGUGUAAAGCUUUUGUCACACAAAUGCAGUAAUGCUGGUACUCUGUUAGAAUAUUUUGCAUCGGCACAAAUAUUUAUCCCAUUUUACCUCACACAGUAAGCUUUUAGUUCAGCACAAUGCUGCAGGCACCCUUUAGAGUGAUAAUGGGUGUCAUAAAUCAAAGAUUUAAAGGAUUUUAAAAUAAGAGACGCAUUAAAAUGCGCAUAUAAAACAAAUUGAUAUGAAACUAUCAGAACUGGUGUUAAGUUGUAGUUGAUCAUUCUUUGAUCUUGAAUUCCAAACUCUUAGGUGAAAUGUAAUUUGAGAAUUACCUUUAUCAAAAUCUGAUAAUUCAAAUUGAAUCCAGAGGAACUGCGCUGU